AGGGAGGGCACUAAAACGCAUGUUUCCGCUCGCUCUGCCUACAAGUCCUGACAGAGGGCAUACAUUACCCGCAGCCACUUCUCCCCGUGUAUUAAAGCAAGAUGGCAGCUGUUGUGGAGAAUGUUGUGAAACUGUUGGGAGAGCAAUACUACCGAGAUGCCAUGGAGCAGUGUCAUAACUACAAUGCACGGCUCUGUGCGGAGAGGAGUGUUCGGAUGCCGUUCCUUGAUUCACAGACCGGUGUGGCUCAGAGCAACUGCUACAUCUGGAUGGAGAAGAGACACAGAGGACCAGGCAUGGCCCCAGGGCAGCUCUACACCUAUCCAUCCAGGAGGUGGAGAAAGAAAAGACGAUCUCAUCCUGCAGAGGACCCCCGGCUUAUCUUCCCUGCUGUCAAGUCAGAAGUAGAUAUAGGACUGAAGAAAGACACUCUGUUGUCAGCAGACGGCAGCAGCCUGGAGGCUCUGCUAAAAGGAGACUCUUUGGAAAAGCGCACAGCUGCAGAUCUGCGAGGGUCUGAGGAGGACUCUAACCAGAGUGACUACACUGGAGGCCUGAACCCUGCCACUCGGAUUAGAAAGAGAAUCCUUGAGCCAGAUGACUUCUUGGAUGACUUAGACGAUGAAGACUACGAGGAGGACACGCCUAAAAGACGAGGCAAAGGAAAGGGGAAGGGUCGAGGUGUGGGCAGCACCAGGAAAAAGCUGGACACAGCAGCGCUGGAGGACAGAGACAAGCCUUACGCUUGUGAUAACACUAUCAAACAAAAGCAUAUUUCAAAACCUUCUGAAAGAGUUUGUGGAAAGCGCUACAAGAACCGCCCAGGCCUGAGCUACCACUACACCCACUCCCACCUGGCUGAGGAGGAGGGGGAGGAAAAGGAGGAGAUGGAGCUCAAUGAGCCAGUCCUGCCGCUGCCUACUGAGCCCAAAACUCCGAAGAAAGGUCCAGAUGGUCUCGCGUUGCCUAACAAUUACUGUGAUUUCUGCCUUGGAGACUCCAAAACCAAUCACAAGACUGGCCAAUCAGAAGAGCUGGUGUCCUGCUCCGACUGUGGACGCUCAGGCCACCCCUCCUGUCUGCAGUUCACUCCUGUAAUGAUGGCUGCUGUGAAGACAUACCGCUGGCAGUGCAUAGAGUGCAAGUGCUGCAACAUGUGUGGCACCUCUGAGAACGAUGAUCAGCUUCUGUUCUGUGAUGACUGUGACAGAGGAUACCACAUGUACUGCCUCAACCCACCCAUGUCUGAACCUCCAGAGGGGAGCUGGAGCUGUCAUCUAUGUCUGGACCUCUUAAAAGACAAGGCAUCCAUAUACCAGAACCAGAAUGUCCCACAGUCGUGAUGAUCGCUCCCCGCUUCUGCACACGAGUCAUCAGUCAACCGUCCGGCAGUUUAUGUUUACCCUGAAAGUUCGAUGACAAACUCUCCUGACGAGCUGACCCUGGAGGGAGUGUGUUCACAACAGACAAUAAGUGUGAAAGGGAAGUAUCCCUUAACCAAACUGGCCUCAUUUAGUUUAGGUAUGACUGUUGCACAGUUCCAAGCUCAGAUUCAGACCCACGGAUUUUAACUUUUUUUUUGCCAUACAACUUUAGCAAGACUAAAUUUGAUCAAGAUGCACACACAGUAAGCCAAAACUUGACUUUCUGUUCAGUUUUUUUUACACAUGCUCCUACAGAGUUGCUAAAAGCUGGUCUCUUUUUUGCAAUGUACUAAUUUUGUGACUAGAGCAGAAACAGAGCUUGGAAUUAAGUAGCAUGCCUAUGCUUGCUAUCAAAAAAGAGACAUUUUAUAAUAUUUAUAUAUUUCUAUGGUAUAUUAUAGUGUUAAGUAUGUACAAAUUGGAAAGAAGAUUGGUCAUGAAAUGAUCGUUUUAUUGGUGCCCAUUUUAUCAUUAUGAGAAAAGAAUCAUAACCAUGUUCUUUUAUUGCGCUACUGAUAUUUGGUGAUUGACUUGAUAGAGUCAAAGGGAUCUGCUGAGACUAGAUGAUACUUUAACCAGCCACUGCCACAGGUCACAGUGAUGUACUCAUUAAAGUCGCUCCCAAGGCUUAAGGGUUUAAAGAUGUCAGCUUUAAAGAGUGAACAUGAGCGUGUUUCAUUCAGUCUUCACACUCUAGUCCUAAAAAAAGCAGACAGGAUGCUGAUGCUUGACUGAAAAGCUGUAUAACAUCUGCACACCUGGAGACGAGUGUACCAGCUAGGCAAAAACAAAGAAGUGACAGACUUCUUGACCUGAAUUUACACAAGUGCUCCAAGCUGGCAGGUCGUAGUGGCACCAGGUCUUUUGAAACAAAAACACAAGUGUUUUGUGCAAUUUAGACAGUGUGCAGGAGUUUGCCUGCACUUUUUGAUGGAUUAAUUUCUCUUAUGCAUCUGUCGUAUGAAAUAGAUGUCAUUUCUGAAAAUUGUAGUACUUUUCAGUACAAUUAAUCAUUAAAAUAGCGGACGAUUGAUUUUAACAGGGCUUAUCUGUUUAGUGUAAAUCCUUAUUCAUAGAUGACUCAUCCUGUUGACAAAAUGUUCUGCCAUUGGCCCUCAUUUAUCAAACUUGUGUAGAAACCAGCACAGAUUUGUGUGUAGAAAUCAUCUUAUGACAACGUCCACAUGCUCUUUAUGAAACAUGCAUAUUUGGCCAAUAACAGCAUACAACUGAGCAGGUGUUUAUAAAUAUGGCAGCUGAAAGCAAUCGUCAUUAAAAUAACAUGCCUUCACCUCAGAGUUUACAACAUGCAGAUUAGCAAUACAGCUUAAGACCUGCUACCUUUAUCAUGGUUUCAGUGUCCAGGUCAGAAGUAAUGGAAAAUUAAAUAUUUGAUGUUUUAAAGUGAAUCCGAAAAAUGUCUAGAAGGAAAUCACCACUGUGGUUAAUAGUGUGCUCCAGCUGAUAUUAGAAUAUUUGAUAAUGUUGUCAGCUCUUAAGAUGGGAACACAAAAGCCUGUUUUGGCUCUUAAAAGAAUUAGCAUGCAAACAGAAGGAGGUGCUCCAGACUGAGAGGAGUGGGUUUUAAUACCUCAGUGUCAAGAAUUAAUAUUAAUGUAUGCUCAUUGUAAGAGAGGCUGUAAUGUCUGGUAGCUUUGAAAACAAAUGAAGAAUUGUUAUAAAUUCUAUUUCUAUCUGAAUAGCUUCUGUCCAAACGUAUCAGUCAUAAUUCUUACAUUUUAGAGCACUAUGAGCUCCUGUCUCCCACAAUCCUUAGCUCUUUGUCUGCACAUAAUUAUGCACACAUUAGUGGAUUGAUUUAUCUAUAAACAGGCUGAUGAUUACAUAUAAUGUAAGGUAUUUUGUUUCCUCUCAAGUCAACUUUUUUCUGAAUAGCUGCAGAUUUUUUCUGCUUGUACUUCUAUAUUUUCCGAGUGAUAUUAAGUUGUACAAUGAAACUUUAAUAAUUACUGAAGGCAGCCUGUCUAUUUUAUUUUAUUUUUUCAAUAAAUCAAUAAAGAAACUAUCUUUAUCAAAGAUCACAAACAAGAAAUCAACUGAAGCUUGUGCUGAUCAUCACCAUAUAAAAAAGCAAAGCUGCUCACAGGGAUUGUCAAAGCUUUGGUUUAAUGUUAAAUACAUUUUAAAAAUCACAGAAGGCAAGUCCACAUGGAGUUGAAAACAUGUGUACAUCAGCUCAGACCUGGCAUUGGAUUUGAGUAUAUUGUACACUCGCAUCCAGAUUGAUAAAUGUCGACCUGUGCGUGGAAUUGACCGUACUCCCAAAUCUCUGGUGUGUUCAUGUUUGAUAAAUGAGGGCUGUUGUGUUGUACUUUCAAAUAAGCUUGUCCCAUGCUUUUCUUUGGACAUAAAGUCUGACUUUCUAAACUUGCAUCUUCUCCAUCAUAGGGGUUAAAGUUACCUCCAAGUAAUGCACAAACAUGGUUCAGAUCCUUGGACAUGGCAUAACUCCCAGCUCUCACGUCAGACAUAAUGUUACACCCAAGCGUAUGCCCAGCUGGUGCGCUCUGCUCCUUGUCUUUGUGUGGCAGAAUUCAGAUUAUUUCAGUCAAAUUUAAAACAAAUCUUAUUUACCUUCAGACAGGAUAAAACCCUUUCAUUGCUGUGUUCUAGCAGUUGUGUGAUCAUGUACCAUAUCCAAUAUCUUAAUGUGACACCACUAGAUUAUUAAGUGUAACUGGGUUCUUUCAGCCUUGCAGAUAGUCACAUGGUGAUGAUAUUAAAGCAAUAUAAGAGCUCCUGUAGGAUGCUGGUAUGACAGGGACUGAUGGCAGAGUCACUUAAGGCUCUGUUGGCAGAUAAUGUGCGAUACUGUAAAUUUUAUCUCCAAAAUUUUAUCACAGAUUGGGGACUGUGUCAGAAAUUAUGUAUGGCUCCAUAUUGUAAAAAAAGGUUAUAAUGUGUUUAUGUGUAGUCCUAUGGAGAAACGGCUCUAUUUGUUACUGCUUGCGUAGUUUUAUUAUGCAAUGGUUUCCUUCUGUGGCAAGGCUACAAGAAAAAUUAAGAACUGCUAAAGCAGUUACUUUACCUCAAACAGAAACAGUAUUUAAGGGAUUGAAAUGCGCUGUUGAUCGAUGGGACAAAGGCAGCGUGAUUAAUCGUCAUAAAAUGUGCAGUGUCUGCUUCAAUGACUGCCUAUUCUACUGGUAAACAAGUGCAUGCUCAGUAAUUGUCUGCACUCUCUUAUACUAUGUAGUGGUCUCAGCAUAGGUGGGCAGAGGUGAUGGGAUGUGGUGUAAUAUAAAUUAACCAUGCUAUCAUGUUGUUUCAAUAGCCAACUAACAAUAACUAAAGCAUUACACAGGUAUAACUUGGUUUAUUUUCUCAUCACAUUUAGUUCUUUAGAGACAGUGGCUACUAGGAUAUUUUGCUGGUUGUUUUUCUUUUCAUGGAUGAUGUUUGCGUACUUGAUGUGUGGGAGAUUUUGGGACUUACGUGGAUGUUGCUUUCUAGUUAAUCCUGUGAUUCAGUUCUCGACUGAGCCGCUCUCUUCCAAAGCUUGAAACGAGAAGCAAAGCCCAUAAUGUGAUUAAGAAGCAAAUAGUGGAUUUGCACCUGUGACAAUGAAUGGUUCAGUAAUAUAGGACUGGAUGUCCAGCUUCAAGGCUUUACUCAGAGCCAUAGACAAAGAAGAGUCCAGCUGUUGUUGUCAUUACCUUUUAGAUCCUAUUAUGGUUUUCUGGUGUCGAGCUUUGGGACAGAACUGUUCAUGAUAGAGUUUAAAGCAAGAUCAUAGGUUUACAGACUAGGUUAAUACCUUUUGGAUGGACUUUCAUUGAAUUUUGAUGGAAUGUUUUAUUGUAAGAAAUUUGUCUUCAGGAAAAUAAAAUACUAGGCACUAUA